AUGAAGUUCGAUCGUGGUUAUAUUUCUCCCUAUUUUAUUAACACAUCAAAGGGUGCAAAGGUCGAGUACGAGAAGGCCCUAGUUCUGUUGAGCGAAAAGAAAAUCAGCAAUGUCCAAGAUAUUGUUCCUGCACUCGAACUAGCUAACAAAAUAAGAAAGCCUCUUGUGAUCAUUGCAGAAGACGUUGAUGGAGAAGCGCUAACUACCUUAGUAUUGAACCGUCUGAAGGUUGGACUUCAAGUUGUAGCUGUGAAAGCACCCGGCUUCGGAGACAACAGGAAGAACACGCUUAGGGAUAUGGCUAUCGCUACUGGAGGAACUGUGUUCGGGGACGAUUCAAACCUGGUUAAGCUUGAAGACAUCCAACUCAGCGAUUUCGGAGAGGUCGAAGAGGUAACAAUCACUAAAGACGAUACUCUCUUGUUACGCGGCAAAGGUGAAGCGGCUGAGAUUGAGAAGAGAAUCGAGCAAAUCGCUGACGAAAUUGAGCAGUCCACUAGCGACUACGAAAAGGAAAAACUAAAUGAGCGCCUUGCAAAGCUUUCCAAAGGUGUUGCUGUGCUGAAAGUUGGAGGGGCCUCGGAGGUAGAAGUUAGUGAGAAGAAAGAUCGCGUCACUGAUGCUCUUUGUGCCACCCGUGCUGCAGUUGAAGAAGGAAUUGUACCUGGAGGAGGAGUCGCGCUUCUUCGAGCUCUCAAAGUUCUCGAUGGAUUCAAGGCUCCCAACGAAAACCAGCAAAUGGGUGUAAAUAUCAUCAAGAAGGCAGUUCGUCAACCAAUCAGCACGAUUGUGAAAAACGCUGGCUUGGAACCGGCCUCCAUAGUUGAAAAGGUCCUAUUAAAUGACAACAUUGGAUACGGAUACGAUGCGCUUAAUGACAAAUUUGUUGACAUGUUCGAAGCUGGUAUUAUUGAUCCUACGAAGGUUGUGCGAACUGCGCUACAAGACGCUGCUGGUGUAGCCUCCUUACUUGCAACAACGGAAUGUGUUGUCACUGAGCUACCCAAAGAUGAGCCAAUGCCAGGCAUGGGUGGUGGUGGCAUGGGCGGUAUGGGAGGCAUGGGUGGAAUGGGUGGGGGAGGAAUGUUCUAA